CAUCGCUAGAACGACAGCGUAGCCAUUUCGCAAAAGCUCGAAAAUCGCCGAACAAUGGAUAGCAUGAUACGCGGCUUCAUCAACCAGGUGGCCAUCAAUCCGAACAUGGUGAAAGUGCUCGUCGAAGGCGAAAUAAACGAUGAAUACAUAGCGACGCUUCACAAAUUCGACGCCCAGCUGGACUUCGUGUCCCAAGACGUUGAAAACGAGGAACUCCACGUAACCACCUCCGAAGUCAAGGCGGUCAAAGAGGUGCGGAGCGACCUGAACAUCCUGAAAUCGCAAUGCGGCGCGCGUGUCCGCGAUUAUCUGCUCGGAAUCGUCCACAAAAUCACGGCAGAAUCCAACCUGGAGGAGCUCCAGAACUCCGAACUCCUCGGAACCGCGGAAAUCAUGCUCUUCCUGAAGAAGCACAUCCCCAAGACCUUCGAGGAAAUCAAGCGGCAGUACGUCGGAUUGGUCAAGGAAAUCAUGAUGAACCGCGUCAAAUCCUACCGCGAACUGUACCAGAACCGCGGGAAUUCCUCACCUAUAGCCUGCAGCCGCACGAAACCACCGUCGGGAACCCCGAAGAUCCGCUCGUGCGUCGUUCGCUCGUUCCUCAAAAAGAAGGUUUUUUUGGGGUUCCACGAAUACGGUGUGGAGGGAUUCGGCCUCGAGAACCGCGGGGACGUCCUCAAUCACCUGGAAGACCCUCCGAUUUUGGUGGAACCGCUGCAGGAAGGCGACGAUCCGGACCUCGAUUUCCCCGUUUGCUACCGCAGUUUGAUCAAGGUGAUGACGGACUCGGCGUUGGCGGAGUUUUCGUUCGUGAAGGCCUUCUUCCACGCCGAGGAUUCCGCGGUUUUCAACGAGAUUUUCCGGGAUGUCUGCAAAUACCUGCAAACGCAGACGCUGGAGUGGUGCGCGAAUUCGGUGGACUUCGUGGGCGUUUUGCUGGUGGCGAUGCUCAUCCAAUCAAUUGUGACGCGCCUCCAAUCGCGGGAAUUCCCCGUUCUCAUCGACUUCUGGCUGCCGCUCCGCGACAAGGUCCUGGCGCGAUUUGCCGCGAUUCUGGAGAAGCACGCGGGCGCGGCAAAAACCGCGCAGACGCAGGUGAAGUCGAUGAACAUCACCGAGCAGCUGCACUACGCGAUGAAGCGCUACGCCUGCAUGGCGGGAGCGAUUUUAGCGCUGGGCGAAAAAUACCCCGAAUUUUUGCCAGAUCGGAGCAAGUGGGAGCAGCCGCUCGAUGGAUUAACCGCGGAAGUGAUGACGCUGAUGCAGAAGAUGAGCGAGUGCGUGGUGGAAGACAGGCAGAUGGAAUACUGUUUCAACACGCUGUGUUACAUUCUGCAACAGUGGAAGGAUUUGGGCGUUACGGUGACGAAAGGGGAAGUGUACGAGUUGUUCGAGAAAUACGUGGUGGAAUUCUUGGAUUCGGUGAUGGCGGAGCACAUGAGCUUCUUGUAUGAGUUCGUGAAGAAGAACGAGAAUAAAAAGGGAUCGCAUUUGAAGCUGUCGAGCAAUGAAAUGAAGGGAUUGAAGCGAUAUAAGGAAGGAUUCAAGGACGACAUCAAGGAAAUGAACGAUGCGAUCCACGCGAAGGUGGAGAAUUACGCGUUGGAGGUCUACAAAGCGUUUGUGAAGCAGGUCAGCGAUUAUCACACGAAGUACAUUCAGAUUCUCGGAGGAACGUCCUUCGUGAAGGAGCUGGUGCCGGUGAAGCAUGUGGUGAACGAGGCCAUGCAGUACAGUGCGCAGUAUGAAUGA